UCAGCACCGAACCCUCAGUGUCAUGAGGCUACACACUGCCAUCCCUGAGCCGGAAGACCCUACAAGCCCUGUCAUGGUCAUGCUCGUCGCUGGACAGCGCUUCGACCCCAGCCAGGUGGAGAGGCCAGAGAGUGUAAGGUACGCUCUCACCGACACGGCAUUGAACCGUCUCUACGACAUAGCCAGUCUCGAACCGGCAUUCGACGGCCCCAGGUCCCCGAAUGGUCCAUCCCUCUAUGUCGCCACGCUGGCACAGUGCUCCGGCUCCCUCAAUCCGUUCCAACAAAAGAAUCAACCCCUCAUCCUCAGCGAGACUGAACAGGAGCGCAUCUUCGACAGGCUCAAGAAAGACCAGGUUCUGUUUGAUGUCGAUACGGUCGCUCGCGCAGUACUCUACCCUCUCACUGAGUUCCAGCAGGAAUGGGUCUUCAACAACCGACCCGAGCCUCGGGGGUUGAUAGUCUUGGUCCCUCUCGGCCAGUUCCUGACUGCUCCUAAGUUUGGAACCAUUGAGCUUGUAUCACGAGGCUUCACUCGUGAGCAGAAGACUGUAGUCGGGAAAAUCCUUUCGAAGAGUCAACCUGGCCUUUACGAGCUUGUAGAUCCAUUUCGACCCUCGCUGAUCAUCUACGGCUACCGUGGCUACAUCAAGGCCCCAGGGGUUCCAUUCGUUCUCGAUCCCACUCAACAGCUCCAGUUUGGGAGGCGGAUGCGGACAUCACCCCAUGUCAGACACUACGAUCCCGACCAACUCCACAUCGUCACACUGGAGGAUAGCGAGCAGUACGAAUUGUUCCAGAUGCUUAAGAACACCGAAACCUCGGCCGAACUUGGCAUCAUUUCGGCCGAACAGGACCCCGACACUUCCACAUGCCCUGUCCGCGAGACCAAACCCGCCCCAGCUGAUGCCGCCAAAGCCAUCAAGAGUGCCUUUUCCAACGGCACUAAUGGUCUACCGGCCGAAAUCCAGAAGCACACCAUCGAGACAAAGCACUACAUGUGUGUUGCGACGGAGCCUCCAAGACGACGACCGGUUGCCGAUCAGCUCCCAGAUGGCCUUAAGCCGAGAGCUGGGAAUUGAAUGAGAUAUCCUAGCGUGGGCCGUUGACUUUCUUUCUUUCUUGGAUUGUUCAGCAAAUUGUGAGGUUGAGGUUGUGUGGGGUUGAGACGAGUAAAGCUAACAGAAAAACGAAAACAAUAUUGGACAGAACUGUUUGUAUUUAGACUGGCAAUUAGCAAUAGUUUGGAG